ACAAUAUAUGGAAUAUAUCACCAUGUGGUAACAUUGUUAUGGGGGAACCAGCAUUCCUAUCUGAGGAGUUCAGUUCAGUUCAGAGCUGGUCACCACUUCCAGUUAUGGUAAAAAUGGAGCUCUGUCAGUAUUACAGAGAAGUAUUAGACCACAAGUUGUGACAACGUUUGAGUUACCCAGCUGUGUGAACAUGUGGACAGUGACAGGACCAAAGACAAGUGGUGACAAAGACGACGAUGAGAAAGAGAUACAGGAUGGUCAUGCUUUCUUGAUACUAAGUCGACCGGACUCUAGUAUGAUUUUACAGACUGGUCAGGAGAUUCAAGAAUUAGAUCACAGUGGAUUUAGUACCCAGACUGCCACUAUAUAUGCUGGUAAUGUUGGAGAAGGCAGAUAUAUUCUACAGGUGUCCUCAGGUGGCAUCAGAUUACUGGAUGGAGUACAACAACUGCAGCAUAUUCCAAUUGAGAUGGGUACUCCUAUAGUACAAUGUACUGUAGCUGAUCCCUAUAUUUUGAUAAUGAGUGAUUAGGGAACCAUCAUGAUGUUAACAUUGAAACAAGAAGUGACUGGUGCCCGGCUUGUUCUUACCAAGCCUCUCAUUUCUAAUAAACCACGAGUGACCACUCUCUGUGCAUAUAAAGAUGAGAGUGGAAUGUUUACUACAUCAGCUGUUGAAGUAGAAGAAGAAACAAUAACAACAGAACAGAAAAUAAACAUGAAUACUUCACUAGAAAAAGUCUUCAGUAUGGAAAACAGGUAAAUACAUGUAUUACAUGUUUUUC